GGAGGACCCCUCGCUGUAAAGCCGUGGCCGAGUUCUGUGCUUGUUUCAAUUUCUGUUGCCCCUUCAAUGGGCCUGGAAGAUGCAGUUUUGCCAGGAAGACCUUAGCGAAGCGGGAAGCAAAGCAGCAGCCACCUACAGAGAGUCAAGUGACACCCUGAGUCCUCCAAGCAGGACACUAGAUGCCUCGGGAGGAGACUGUGUGUAAAUACUGUGGCGUCAGCUAUCUGAUUCUUCACGAAUUUAAGGUGAUGGAAGAAAAAGUGAAAGCAAUGGAAAAGCAGGUUGCAUUUUAUGAAGGAAGUAUAGAACGGGAAAAAAGACUUCAAGAAGAACUGCAGUCUCUUCACCUAGACCUCGAACACUGUCAAGCUGACAGGGAAUCAAAAACAGAAAGAAUAACAAACCUAACAAAGGAACUAAAAACCAAACAAGAUGAAUUAAAAAAUGUGAAGGAAGAUUUGCGGUAUUUCCAAGAAGAAAAGGAAGCUGCCUAUAAGCAGUCACAAGUGCUGAGAAAUACAUUGGAACACCAUUGCUCAAGCCUGAACAAGGCUGUCUCGCUGUUUCCCUUUAUCAGAAGCGAACUAGAAAGUAUUAAAGAAGUCGUGUCCAGUAACCUAGAGAGCUGGGCUGCCCUGAAGGAAGAAAUUUUUGUCCAGAUAAGGACUGUUAGCAAAGAAGCUUUGACAGAAAUACCCAAAUUGAAUCAGAGGUUAGCAAAAUCCCAGAGAGAGAAUGAGAGUCUUCAGGAAAAGGUAAAACAUCUGACGCUGGUGGCCGACACGGUUGAGCUGAAAACUCAACAGCUGCAAACUUCUCUUCAGCAAGGGAAUGAGCUACAAAGCAGGUGCCGUGAGCUACAAAAGGAAACAUUAGAUUUAACCAACCAAGUAGAGACAACCGGACUCAAGCUGCAGAAAGUAACGGCGGAAAUGGACCACUACAAAAAGCUGCUAAUGGUGAAGUCAACAGAACUCGAUGUCUGUCAAAAUGAGCUGAAAAAAAUGAAAUAUGAAAAUGGAAUUUCUGAGUCAAGACUUACAAAAGAGCUCAAGGAAAAGGAGGAAUCUCUACUGAUUUCCCAACAAGUAUGCAAACAUUUACAGGAAGAGGUGGCUGAGAAGGAGAGGAGAGAGGAAGAUCUAAAAAGAAGAACCAGCCGAUCAGAAAGUGAACUGGAAACACUUAAAGCUCUUCUUCGACAAACAGAGGAGGAGGUGGUGAUGUUGAAGCAAGAAAGGGAGUUAAUGCUGAUUUCUCAUCAGAACAGAACAGAGCAGCUGCAGGAAACAUUAAGACAGAAGAUGCGGAAUGAAGAUAACUGGAGGGAGAAGAUGGAGAUUGAUCUGGCUAAAGGUGAAGCACGACACAAAGAAGCAAUUCUCAAAGUCAAGGAAGAAGCAAGGGUGGAACUAGACAUUGAAAGGCAAAAACAGCAAGAAUUGAUCACGAAAUACCAGAGGGAUCACGAAGAGCUCCAGAAGAAGAUACCUGGAUUAAUAUCAAGUGCCACCAACAGCUUAAGGAUGGAGGCAGAAAUCCUUGAAAAGAAGCUACAAGAUGUCCAGAUCAAACUUGCAGAGAAAGAUGAGGAUAAAGGAAAGGAAAUUCAGGACCUCAAAAGAAUAAUUACUGAACUUGAAUUUCAGCUGGAGAUGGAAAAGAACAAUAAUGAAUCAUUUCUGGAUAAUAUGAGGAAAGAAAUUAAACACAAGUCAGAUGAACUGGAAAAAUUAACCCAGGAGAGGACACAGUUGAUUCAUAAUUUGAGUCAAGUUCAAGAGGAGAACACUCUUCUCCAGGAAACGGUGCGCAGAGAGUGCGAGGAACGCUAUGAGCUGACUGCAGCUUUGACUCAAGCCAGGGAACAAGUACUGGAGCUAAAAAAGCUCAGUGGAAACUUCCCGUUAUCGCCGUGUUCCCUGGCUCAGGGCAGCCUAACCUCCUCUGCUGCCCUGCGUGGUGAUUACGGACAGAAAAGCCGCCCGAGCCCCAGCUCGGGGAAGGAAAUCAAUCUCUCCGGACAGUUUGGUAUCUCCAGAGCCGCCAAGGCGCCCACCUCCAGUAAGCGUGGCGGCAGCAUGGCUCUGCCUGCCCUAAGCCCUCCGCAUCCUCCCAGAGGCCGGGCGUCCUCCCUGAACGAGCCCAGGAGCAGGAUUGCUGCAGUUAUAAGGAGACAGCUGAGUCAGCUCUGACAGCUGCACGCACAUAUGUAGCACAUGGGGAACUCUUUCAGUGCAUAAAUGUCCAUUUACUCGGGGACCCUGGGGUCAGAUAUUACCUGAUGCAAUCCAUGCAUUCCUACAGAUUAAAAUUAAGUUAAAUUAUU